AAAAUAAGAUUUCUUUUUUCUUUCUUUUGGUUUCUGGAGAAAUCUAGAGGAAGAGAGAGACCCCUACGCGCUUCAAAAUAAAUCUCAAUCAUCUAACAGACUCCAAAACCCAAAAGUUAUCCAAAUUGUGUGUUUGAUCGUAUAAUCAAAAUCAUCACCUAUUUCAUCGGAGCUGCAGAUUGUGUUAGGGUUUUGGUAAAGGAUCAUCUGCCCUAUUAUACAAUGGAGGAAGCCUAUUUUCCGCCCAAGUUGAAGAGGAAAGAUCUUGAUGAAGUUAACGAUGACUUCUGCGACUUCUCUCUUUCUUCACCGGCUAGGAAAAUCCGUCGUUUGGAUGCUGAAUUGCCCCCAAUAAUCGAGGAAGAAGAAACGGUGAAUCCGGUGGUAUUUGGACAACCGCCUCCCUCUCGAGACAAUUUUGUAGAACAAGUGGUGAGUGGUAGUCCCAUAGCAAUUCAUGAGCUGAGUGGUAGUCUGCCGGAAAAUGAAGAGAGGGCUAUCGUUCUGUUUGAUCCCUUGAAUAACAUGCUCCCGUUGCAACCUCACGCACCCUUCUCUUUUUCUGUUAAUUCAGACUUCCUUUCAGGUUAUAAAAGUCCAGUCUUAUGGUCAAACCAGUCCAACCUACUUAAAUCACUAGUUGGUAAACAAGAGAAGCCUGCCAACAACUCUGAGCUGAAUAGCGGAAGCCUGGCAGUUGUACCAUGGGUGCCAAAGCAAGCACUGGCAGAAGUGGAGGCCCCUCGUAUGGAAGUUGUAUCUGAGAUGAUGGAUGCGGAUGAUAUGGAAGCCACAACCAUGGAUAUCGAAGACAAUUACUCUGAAGAAAAACCCGGAGCUGUGUUUGGGUCAGUGAAUGGUGGUGAAGAAUGGCAACAACAUUGCAUGAUUCCUCAGCUUCCCCAUAACUUGUCAACACCAAUUGCUUGGUCAGCAGGUACAGGUGCGUAGGUUAGCUUACCUCACUUUAUGAUUCAUGCCACUUGGAUUGCGAGAAGGCUGGAAUUCAUGUUUUAGUUAGGAUCUGAGAUGGAGAGGAGAUAAAAUAGCCUGUUUUUGGAUGUAAAUAGUUCAUGUGGUAGAUGAAUGUUUGGACUGGAAAAGAGGUUUUUGUACUUUGCUUCUGCUUCAAGAAUCAAAAUUGGUAUUGUACAUUUCGUGAGACGAGUUUUGUAAGUCUCAAAAGAGACCGGAACCGGUUAUAUAGAGUAUCUGAUGUAAGGUGGCUCGGCUGGCAGGUUGGUAAAAGAAUUAGUGGCGUUCAGCUUGCAGAAUGGAAUUUGGUGGAAUUGAAAUUCGUCGGAGGAAUUUGAUUUUGAACGAACUGGAAUGAAAUUUGACCAUGCAUUUGGUUGGUAGGAAUUGGAAUGGAAUCUCUCAAAAGAACUAGAUUCUCUGUUAGUGGCAUGGU